CUUGCAUUCAAUUUGGAACCUAACAGAUUCAGAAGAUAAGCUGAUACAAUAUCUAAGCUCUUCACUUUCUGGAAUCUCUACCCACACGGUGAACAAAUUAUCUUUGACUGAGAAAUUGGAUAUCAGUGGAGAAGAUGGUGAAUAUUCACAUUGAUCCUGAUAAAGAAAAGCAGCUCCAGGGAGGUAAAAAAGGUACAAUCUCUACCCACACAAUUACACUAUGCACCAUGACAGCAGAAUUGUGAUAUAAUGGAAGAUUGUGAUGCAAGAAACCAUUUUUUUUUCUUUUUUUACUUUUCCUAUAGAAAUUGGAGACAAAGUAAAAAGGAUUUGGAAACUUAUUAAAGAUGACAAACUUGGCGAAGAUGGUACUCGAGCAGAACUAGCUGAAUUGAUCAAACAAUGCAUCUGCUAUCAUGAUCAUCUUGAGGGAGCUAAAACAGAAAUUUAUGACAAGGUAGCAAUGAUAUUCAAACUUAUUAAAUAUGACAAACUUGACGAGGAUGGUAUCCGAGCAGAACUUUUGAAGAGGGAACCAUUUGCUAAAUUGGUUGAGGAUUUCCAUAAACAACUCACCUGCUAUCUUCAUGAUUAUCUAGAGGGGCACAACUUAGGGCCGCGGAACCAAGUUUCAGAACUUGAAAUGGAGUCCAAAGAAAGAGAAAAGGAACUAUCUGUUAUCAAUCUUAUCAUGAAGAAGCUCGAAGAUACUGAAAAGUAUGAUAAAGAAAAGCAGCUCCAGGGAGCUAAAGCAGGUACAAUCUCUAUGUACCAUGACUUCUGAAUUGUGAUAUGAUGGAAGCUCGCGAUGCAAAAUAUGCUAUGAUUUUUGUAUAUCACCUUAUGGUAGCUCGAACAAAUGAUUUGGACUUUUUUACUUUUUCUACAGAAAUUGAAGACAGUAAAAAGGAUAAUCAAACUUACUUAUUAAUGAUCACGACCUUAACGAGGAUGGCACCCCGACAGAAGUUUUGAAGAGGGAACCACUUGCUGAAUUUAUUAAGGAUUUCUACAUUCAAUACCAAUUUCUUUACGCACAAUAUGAAGAGCAAGCAAGGGUCAACAUUGAAGAGAUCAGUGCUUUAACACAGCAGAAGUUAGAGUUACAUGAUAGAAAUGUUGACUUAAAAAAAAGAUCAGCUGAUAGAGAAUUGGCCUUAUCAUGUAUCCGUGAAUUUAAUAAGUCCCUCCUGGAGAUAAUUCAGCAACAUAAACAAGAUUCAGUUCACGUGGAGAAAACUUCAAAAAAAAAAAGCAAGUGAAGACGAAAAGCAAAUAAAUGAUCACAGGAAUGAGAUAAGUAAACUGGCACAGGAGAAUUUGUUGAUGGGAGAGAAAUUAGAUCAUUUGGAGAGAAUAUUAGCAACAAAAAAAUCUGAGUUCUCUGCCUUCCAGAAAGCAAAAGAAGAAAUGGAGCUCUACUAUGAAAAAAUCAGAAAAGAACAUGCAAAAACCCUCGCAGUGGUUGACAAUGAAAAGAAUGAAUUAGCCAACAAAAACAUGGAUCUUCAGAGAACAUUAGCAGAACGAGCAGAUGCAUAUCAGAAUUUGAAUAAAGAAUAUGAACAAGUUAACAGUUUGUUUAAUGAAUUUUUCGUCAAACUUGAGGUUGCAGAGAGGAAGAUGGAAAUAAUGGCGGAAGAGUUUCUUCAAGGCAUUGGGUCAAAAGAUCAGAUGGUUGCUGAUUUGGAACACCAAGUUGAAGACCUGAAAAAAGACCUGGACAAGAAAGGAAAUAACAUCACCUUUUUGCUUGAGAAUGUCGAGAAUCUUGGGGAAAAGCUUCGCUUGUCAAACCAAAAUAUCCGGGACAAAGAACAAUUGCUAAGUGAAAAGGGAGAGAGCUUUAGAAAGGCAGAAGAAAAGUUUCAGCACGAUCAGAGAGCACUUCAAAUCAGGAUUUCUACUGCAGAAGCAACAAUGGCCGCUGACAAUGAAGCUUUUCAUGAAACUAUCACAAGUACUAAAGAGUGGUUCAACAGUGUGAUAUCUGGAAUCGAUACUGUAAGCUUAAAUUUUUUUGACAUCCACAAAAAUAUUGAGAACCGCAUCUCACAUGAGCUUCAGGUUACAAAAGAAUAUAUCAAUAAGAUGAACAAGGAAAAGAGGCAGUUACAGACAGAUAAAAAACAUUUGUUGGAGGAGCUGCAGGGUAAAAGGGAAGAGGAAUUAACUCUGAGGGAAAAGGUUGAAAAGCUAGAGGCAAAGGCAAGAAAGGGGGAAUCAGAGAAGAUGAAUGUGACAACAAUUGUUGUUGAACUUAAGAAGAGAGUUGAAGAGCUAGAGAAGUUGAUGGAAGAGAAAGAGGAGGGUAUGUUGAACUUGGGAGAGGAAAAGAGGGAGGCCAUCAGGCAGCUUUGUUUGCGGAUUGAUUAUCACAGGGAGCGCAAUGACUAUCUAAAGGAAUUCAUAUCAAAGACUCGCCGGGGCCAGAGAGCAGUGUGAACCCAUCUAUAUUUUUUUUAUGCAACUUUGUCCAAUUAGGUACUGUCGUGAUUUGACAAACAUGAGUAUGUGUAUAGUUAUAUUUUUUUCCCUGUAUCAGUAGCAAAGUUAGUUCUGUUCUUCUCUUGAAUUUGAAUUGAAUAAUCUUAGUGACGUCUUAUUGUUUUGUUCAGUAUAGAACGCUGGGUUAACAUGUCCCACUAUCAAAAUUUUCCAGUUCUUACCCGUCUUUGAUGCUUUUUAUUUUACAUUUUAUCAUAUAUUUCUAGAAACUAGCUAGCAGUGAUAGUUAACUUGAUUAAUUAAGUCUUCUUAUUCCAUAAAGGACUUGCUCUUGUAUAGAGGCUCUGGGGAUCAGUAGCAGGACCUCUACUGAUGCUGAGAACCAGGACGUGUAUUCUCUUCAGUGCUUAUAGAAGCCCGUCUUACAUUCUUUCUACAGUUAACAUUCUCUUGUUCCG